GCCUGAGCCGGGCUCCGGCACCUCCGGCCGGCUCCGGAGCCGGCCCCUAACAAAGGGAAGCUCCCGGCCCCCAGCCUUGGAGCGGAGCGGGCCCGGGCCCGAGCCGAGGGCCCACGGGGGGGGGGUCUCGGAGCCGCCGCCGGAGCCGGCCCCGUCUGGAUCGGCCAAGACAGGCAGAGGUGGAGCUGGCUGCAGAGACGCAUUGGGCAGAGGGUGGUGGAGACCAGUUAAAUUGGGCACACCUGUGCCGGGCCUCCUGAUGCUUGAAAGAUACUUUAUGAUCUCUGUUAGGCCCAGAUGGGGAGGCCACUUCUCUCCAAAGAAAAUCCUAUCCAUUCCUGAGGAUGUGAGCACGUUGCUACUGGUGUGAGGGCAUUAACCAGCUGCAGCUCCACCUCCUCCCUUCAGAGAGCCAUCCCUUCAAACAAAGAAGGCAAGGAAGGGAAAGAAACUCAAUUGACUAAAACUAAUCUGCCCGUCACCCAGGCAUGGCAUCAUGCGUCGUGUCCCACAUCCAGAGUCCCCCACCACUACAAAAGCAAGAGGGAAGCGCCUUCUUAAAAGCGAUUCUAGGAGUGAUUUCUUACCCUGUGCCCAGGGACACUGUAUGCUUCAGCAUGGUCCAUAUCAACUUCCUGAAGAAGAUUGUGUAUGGGCUCAUAGGCUUCCUCCUCUUCCUCACCAUCUGUCUGUGGAAUGAAUCAAAGAAAGGGUACUCUGUUUCCCUGAAACUGGAAUCAAAAAACUUCCAGCUGCCCAGGACCCUGCAGUUUUUAGCUAGGAGGUUGGAAACAAAGCCUGUGUACAUGACGACAGUGACAAGCUCCCCGAGAGGGAGCAGCGUUCCAAAUGACGCUAGAGACAGACCCUGGACUGAGAGGUUCAGGGCCAAGGUCUGGGAUGAGGACAGCUCCUCCAAGAACCUUCCUCCCCGGCUGCAGAAGGUCAGGAAGAACUACCUGCACAUGAACAAAUACAACGUGACCUUUCAAGGGGAGCGCCAGUUGAAGAAGCUCAACUUCAGUGCCUUGCUGUGUCAGCUUGCGAAUCGAGUGAAGGUUACCAUGAUAGAGGGGACAGACUUCCCCUUCAACACUUCUGAGUGGGAAAACUCUCUGCCCCUGAAGAAUAUCAGAGCCAGCGUUGGGCAGCUGGACACGUGCGCUGUCGUGUCAUCUGCUGGAUCCCUGAAGGCUUCAUACUUGGGCAGAGAAAUAGAUAGUCAUGAUGCUGUCAUGAGGUUUAAUGGGGCACCCACAAGAAAAUUUGAACAGGAUGUAGGACAGAAGACGACCUUUCGCCUGGUCAACUCUCAGUUGGUAACUUCAGCCAGGCACAACUUUCUUCAGGACAGUUUGUAUAAAGAAGGAAUCUUAAUUGUGUGGGACCCCUCUCCAUACCAUUCUGAGAUCCCAGAGUGGUACAAGAAACCUGACUACGAUUUCUUUCAAAAGUACAAGCAAUAUCGCAAAGAGAACCCCCGCCAGCCCUUUUAUAUCCUCAACCCCAAGAUGCCAUGGGAGCUUUGGGACAUCCUUCAGGAGAAUUCCCCGGAGGAUAUUCAACCAAAUCCCCCAUCCUCAGGCAUGCUUGGCAUUGUGAUCAUGAUGAGCCUGUGUGACAAGGUGGAUGUAUAUGAAUUUUUGCCCUCAAAGCGCAAAACAGACAUUUGUUACUACUACCAGCGCUUCUUUGACAGCGCGUGCACCAUGGGCGCCUACCACCCGCUGCUCUUUGAGAAAAACAUGGUGAAGCACCUUAACCAAGGGGCGGAUGAGGACAUUUACCUGAAGGGGAAGGUGACCGUGUCUGGGUUCCGGAACGUCCGCUGCUAGCAGCUGGGCGAGGCCCCGGUCUGCUAUGCCCUCCCUGCCUCUCCUACCGACCCAAAGGCCUUUUCCGAAGCACGUCGACCAGCCCAGAAGGUUCCCCUCUGCCACUCCACUGCCGGGAAGCCGUUCCCUUCAUUCUGAUUGCAUCCUGUCGCGUCCAUCAUGUCCCGAGGCCGGGGAAGCUGGAGGCUGGUCAGGUCCAGCGGACUGAGGUCAGAGAAGAUGGGCGCGUCCUGCCUCUGUACGCAGAGCUGAGGGUCGAACCCAGACACGCAGAGGGCUCCCUCUCCAACAGGCCUUUCCUGGGGCUUGCUGGAAGGCCAGCUUUCCUGGUUAGCUUCAGUCUCUGAUGGUAGAACCAGUCCCCAGCUCCCUCCCCAAGCCGAUGGCACUCGCUCUGUCUGUGGCUGAUGCAGUUCAUGUGGAGGAAUCGUGGUGUGGGGCUUCACAUUCUCAAUCCUUAGCAUCCUGAAGGGCUGUGUCAGACCUGACUCAGGCUAAGCGGUGCCCAUCUGGCAGUGUCAAGCAUUUUUUUUGGUCUCAGAUGUUUUGCUUUAGGGAAGUAGGCUGCUAACAAUAUCAUUUCCCACCCCCUCCCUAGCCCCCAAGUCUCCUGCUUUGGGGGCUGACCUCUGCUGGGCCUGGGCUGUCCUGGUGCCCAGAAGGCAGCUUCGGUACCACUUAGUCACUCUCUUUGCAUGUUUCCUCUCUUGGGGCUGGGUCCCAGCUCUGCCUCUUUCUGGUUGGGGGAUGUCGGGCAGAUCAUGGCAUCUCUCUGAGCCUCAGUUUCCCCAUCUGUAAAAUGGGGAUAAUACAGCUACCUACCUCACAGGGUUGUUGUGGGGCUCCAAUGAGAGACUGUCUGUGAAGUACUUAGUAACUGUAAAGUGUUCUCUGAAUGUGACUGGACGUCGUGAAUGGUUUGUUUUUCUGUACAGCGACUGCCCGUGUUCUCUGAAGUCUACCACUGGAGGGAAGCAGUAUGUAUGUUUGAAUUUGAGUGUUUGGUUGACACAGAGUCAUAGGAGCAAAGAAAGGACCUUGGUGACUGUCUAGUGCAGGUGUUUGAAACCCGAGGUCUGCCGAUUCCCGGGGGUCCUUGGAUAGAUUUCCAGCGGCCCACAAUCUUGGAUGAGCAAAAAGCGGCAUCUUUAUUUUCACUAACCUCUCCUUGAAAUUGUGCAUUUCCUUUGAUUGUGAAUGUAAGCAAUGAAACAUCAUUCUGAGAAGGGUCCACAAGCUUCAUCGGACUUUCUAAGGGGUCCGUGACACACAGAAGGCAAACAAUCCCUAAUCUAGUCUGAACCCUCAUCUUAACGGAUGAUUUUGGCUGAGUUCUAGAGAGGUUAAAUGAUUUUUCCAAGUUUAUGCAGGCAGGAAAUAGCAGAGUUGCAAUUUGAAUCCUGUUCUACUGACUUAAACCAGCUUGUUUUCCAAGACACCGCUGGUUUUUUCCUGACCACUCGCUGUGUGCCCAGCCCUAUGCCAGGCUCUACUGGGUAGGAGAGAAGUGAUGGGGACAUGGUGACUCAACCUAGCAUGAGAAAGGGAGUAUAAGACACCCAGGACAACCAAAGCAAGGCAGUGAACGAUUCACGCACAAGCGAGCUCGUGGAAGGGCCAUUAAAUGGAAUUACGACAGGUAACAGACGCUCCUGGAAAAGUCCACAGGCGUGGAGAGUGGUGGAGGCAGACGACAUUAUGUUUGAUUUCUAAGAUCUCUUUCCAUUCUUAAGCUUCUGAUUUUAUGACUCGGUCCCCCACCCCUUUAAUACGCCUCCAGCUCAGAUAUGAUACUGCUAUUGAAUCUGUGUCACCUUCUGGGCUUUCAGAAUUUCUUAAAAAAAAAAAGGAGGGGGGAGACUCCUGAACCUUGGGAGUUCCGAGCUCUGUUCUCUUGGCAAAAUUGUUCUGAUAUUUGAUUCUGGGAUACAAAAGGCAGUGAACCGAGAUCAUUGAGGUAUUCAGUGGGGAUACUGGGAAUAGUAACUGUGAUGGUCAGAAACCAAUCUUCUAUCCAAAUGUUCCACUUAAUUUAAGGACACUCUUGAGGCUGUAAUAUUUUGAAAUCUGUAUUCUGUAUAUGGAGAAAUAAGGUGAAAUAAGAUUGAAAUAGAAUUACUUCAGUGUUGGUCUCCUGAGAUAGUUAAUGAUGACUAUAAGAUUUCCAUGACUUGGUGCUGUGGGCAGGUCUUGUGUUCAAGUAGCUUUUUGUCUUCAUUCCCACGUUGAAAUCUGUCAUCCCGCAGCAUACCUGUCUGAUCCUUUCAACUAAUCAUAUGAGCUUCUAGGGUUGGCAUAGAGUUGCAAUAGCAGACUCAGAGACUUCUGGGUCCCAGAAGACCUGAGAAAGCUGUGGAAAUUAACUGGGAAUAGCCAAAGAAAUUGUACAAAUUUUAAUAAAUUUUGUUUUGUAAAAGUUGA